AUGGCGGCGUUAAUGCCUAUUCUGGUGGCUGGCCUCGCCAUUUUUGGGGGGUACACAUAUCUCGAUACUGCCAGACGUGUAGCUACACUCACCGGCAUCGGGCGAGAGGUUUUCAAGACACCGGUGUUGCAUGGUGGAGACUUUGUCCUCAUCGAUGACACGGUUCAUUGCGAAGACAUUCACCAUCAUGUUCCUAGCGGACUUCUCUUCACUGCUUGCGAGGAUGAUGAGACAACGCGUGGCGCGUGGUUCCCUGGUUUAGGCCAUCUAGAUGAUCCGGUCAAAGGUAGCAAACAGAAGGGCUCUAUUCAUGUUAUUGACCCCAAGGACAUGUCUCAAAAACGCCUCAAGUUUGAGAACUUCGAUAGUACUUUCUGCACUCAUGGUAUCGAUGUCAUUUCGGAUCCUCAGAAGCCGGAGGCCGUCUACGUCUUUGCAGUCAAUCAUGUCCCUCACCCAGACUACCUGGCCACCAAGAUCGGGGGCCAGAGUGAGCAGAAAAUUGCCCAAAAGUCUCUUUCGCGCGUGGAGAUCUUCCAUCACACCCUAGGGUCAUCCACUAUCAAGCACCUGCGCACCGUCAUUGACCCGCUGAUUAAAAACCCGAACGAUCUUUUUGCCAAAGAUCCAUAUUCGUUCUACGUCACGAACGACCACUACCACUCAGAAGGUGUCGGGAGAAUGGUUGAGGACCUCUUGCCCGUCACGUCUUGGACCACUACUAUUCACGUUCGGGUCAAGGAGAUGUCCGUUCUCCUUCCUACCGAUGGUAUCAAGACGGAAGUGGCUCUAUCCGGGCUCCGAAACAACAACGGCUUGGGCCAUGGUCGGAAGUCUGGAGAGAUCAUCGUCGGUAAUGCCGCCGCUGGGGAGAUCAGCCUCGCCGAACUCUCUUCGGACCCCAAGAAUACCAGCAUCAGCCUCACCGAAACAGUUGCGAUGGACUCGUGCAUUGACAACCCCUCCUGGUUUGAGGAUCCUUACCGCUCGGAAAGUCAAGACGCCAGCGGCUUUGUUCUUGCGGGGUUGUCGCGGCCAAUUGAAAUUCUGAAGCAGGCCACCGCAGCAAAGCCUCAGAUUGCUUCGAUCGUGUGGUACGUUAAGCCGACUGCCAGUGGUGGCUACGAGAAGCGUAUUUUGUUCGAAGAUGAUGGGACAAGAAUCAGCUCGGCCGCAACUGCGGUCUUAGUCGCGAUUGACCCGAGCCAAGAGAAGGGCAAGAAGAAAGCAUGGCUAUUCAUCACUGGCUUCUUGUCGAGCAAUGUCGUUGCUGUCAAAGUAGACCUUUAG